GGCAGAGGGAGCGGCAUGUGCUUUAAGGUGGAAGGCAGGUGGGGGAUUCUGCCUCAGAUGAGCUGGAUGCCUGAGCUCAGCGGCCAGCCCAUGUUCGGGGCCUUCGUAUCUGGGAUCGUAGGGGAUUGAGAUUUGCCAGGACUCAGCCCAAAGCCUUUGCUGCCACCCGCCAGGUGGCCUCACUGCUGAAGAGCGAUGAUGGAAUCCGCAGACUCCCUGAACUCCCCUCAGCGAGUUCCUCUGCCCAGCAGGCUCUUCUUCCUCACCCACCUCCUCCUCCUUCUCCAGCCUGGAAAGCCGAACUCAGAGGAGGUCAGGGUGGUAGGCCCUGGGGAGUCCAUCCUGGCCGUCGUCGGGGAGGAGGUGGAAUUCCCGUGCCACCUGUCACCGUACCAGGACGCCGGGGACAUGGAGAUCCUCUGGUUCCGAAGCCAGGCCUCUGACGUGGUGCACCUGUACCAGGAGGGGCAGGAGCUCCCCGGCCGCCAGAUGGCGCAGUUCCAGAACAGGACCCAACUCUUCAAGGAUGACAUCAUGGACGGCAGCGUGGCGCUGCUCCUCCAAGGCAUCGUCCCGGCAGACCAGGGCCCCUACGGGUGCCGCUUCCUCUCCAGCAACUUCUCUGGGGAAGCCAUCUGGGAUCUGGAAGUUGCAGGGCUGGGCUCGGACCCUCACAUCUCCCUUGAAGGCUUCAAGGAGGGAGGCAUUCAGCUGAGGUGCCGCUCCAGUGGCUGGUACCCCAAGCCCCAGGCUCAGUGGAGAGACUAUCGGGGGCAGUGCCUGCCUCCAGAGACAGAAGCCAUCGUCCAGGACACCAGGGGCCUCUUCAAUCUGGAAACAUCUGUGGUUGUCCGAGGUGGGGCCCACAGCAAUGUGUCCUGCUCCAUCCAGAACACCCUCCUGAUCGAGAAGAAAGAGUUCAUGGUCCAGAUAGCAGACGUGUUUUUACCCGGACCCUCCCCCUGGAAGGGAGCUCUGCUGGGGACCCUGGUGGCGCUGCCGCUCUUCCUGGCUCUCCUCGCGGCGCUGGCGCUGUUCUUCGUCCGGAAGCACCGCAGGUCGCGAGAAAAGCUCCGGAAGCAGGCAGAGAAGGACAAAGGGAAACUCAGAGCGGAAUUGGAGAAGCUUCAGACAGAGCUUGACUGGAGAAGGGCUGAAGGCCAGGCUGAGUGGAGAGCAGCCCAACAAUAUGCAGUGGACGUGACCCUGGACCCCGCCUCGGCGCACCCCAGCCUGCAAGUCUCAGAGGACGGCAGGAGCGUGUCCUCGCGCGCGGCUGCGCCGGGCCCGGCGGCGGGCGGCCCGCAGAGCUUCUCGGAGCAGACGUGCGUGCUGAGCCGCGAGCGCUUCUCGGCCGGUCGCCACUACUGGGAGGUGCACGUGGGCCGGCGCAGCCGCUGGUUCCUGGGCGCCUGUCUUGCCGCGGUGCCGCGCGCGGGCGCGGCGCGCCUGAGCCCAGCCAGCGGCUACUGGGUGCUGGGGCUGUGGAACGGCUGCGAGUACUUCGUGCUGGACCCGCACCGCGUGGCGCUCCGCGUGCGCGUGCCUCCCCGGCGCGUGGGCGUCUUCCUGGACUGCGACGCGGGGAGGCUGGCCUUCUUCAACGUGUCCGACGGCUCCCAAAUCUUCACCUUCACCGACUCCUUCUCGGGGGCGCUCUGCGCCUACUUCAGGCCGCGCGCCCACGACGGCAGCGCGCACCCGGAUCCCCUCACCAUCUGCCCGUUGCCAGCUAGAGGCACCUGCUUCCCCGAAGAGAACGACAGUGACACCUGGUUACAGCCCUAUGAGCCCUCGGACCCCACCUGGGGCCUGUGGUGAGGCACUGUCCUGGCCGCAGGACGGGGUCCUGAGUACACGGCCAGGGCCCUGCUCUGCCGCUCCCUCCAGGGCGCAGGGAGCGUCGCGGGAAUGUCGGCAAAGGCUAACGGCUCAGAGCAGCAGGAAGGGGACAGAGGGGGACCUUUGCUGCGUAGGGGUGUAGUGUAUGUAUAUGAUUUCUUUAAGUAAAAGAGGCAAUUCCAAAGCUCUUUUGUGUGUAACAGGACUGAGCCAAUGAGUAGAGUAAUUGAUGUUGCCAGGAGCCAGGGUGCCCACUGCAGGAGAUGGGAAAGAAACUAGAAUGUGAGAAAGGAGAAACCUCAUUGGGUUGGAUUGAAAGUAUCGGUUAACUUGUGUGCAUUUUUGCAUGUAUUUUCUAGUUCUAAAAAAUGUCUAGAAGCAAUGACACCUCAUAAGCAGUAAGCGCACUUAGGCCCAGAUCCCCGUUACAUGUCAGUUCCCACUGAAAUGAACUUAGACAAAGAGCUGAUUCCAGGAUUGGGCCGAUGACUCUGGAACACCCUGAGCCAUAAAGCACUAAUUUGCCCCUAAACUGACUGGGACGUGGGAGCUAGGGCGAACAGGCUGCACUGACCAAUCAUGGGGCAAUGUGAAAAUUAAAAUGAAUCAUGACAAGAAUUGCACAAUAAAGGUUUGAGCAAAUAAGAAAA